AUGUUCAACAGCAGUCAAUUCAAUCCCAAGUAUUUUCUGCUAACUGGUCUCCCUGGUCUGGAGGCCCUGUACCCUUGGUUUAUUGUCCCAUUCUGCUCCAUAUAUCUUGUGGCCCUUGUGGGCAAUAGCCUGGUCCUGGCAGUGAUCAGGAAAAACACCACUCUGCACCAGCCGAUGUACCUUUUUCUAGCUAUGCUGGCCUUUGCAGAACUUGGUGUCUCUGCUUCUACACUGCCCACUGUGUUGGGCAUCUUCCUUUUUGGUGCCAAUGAGAUCUGCUUUGAAGCCUGCCUUUUGCAGAUGUUCUCCAUACAUUGCUUUUCCAUCAUGGAGUCAGGAGUUCUGCUGGCCAUGUCUGUGGACCGUUUUGUGGCCAUCUACAACCCACUGAGGUACACAGCCAUCCUGACCAGGCCCCGUAUUGCUGCUACUGGUGCUGCACUUGGACUGAAGAGUGUGAUGCUCAUGUUCCCACUGCCUUUUCUCCUGAAGCGUCUGCCCUUCUGUGGCCACAAUGUCCUCUCCCACUCCUACUGCCUUCACUCAGAUCUAAUCCAGCUGCCCUGUGGGGAUACACGUCCCAACAGCAUUCUGGGGCUCUGCAUUGUUACUUCUACUUUUGGGCUGGAUUCGCUGCUCAUCAUCCUCUCGUAUGUGCUGAUCCUCUACACAGUGCUGGGCAUUACCUCUGGGGAGGGAAGGUGUAAGGCCCUCAACACAUGUGUGUCACAUAUGUGUGCAGUGCUUGUGUACUAUGUGCCCAUGAUCAGCGUGGCUCUGGUGCACCGCUUCAUGAAGCACACUGCACCUGCUCUCCGUCUACUCCUGGCCAACAUCUAUCUUCUGGUGCCUCCUGUGCUCAACCCCAUCAUCUACAGUGUUAAGACAAAACAGAUUCGCCAGGGGCUCAUCCAACUCUUUCUUCCAAGAAAAUAA